CAUAGUGACCAAAUGCUGCCACUUGUAGAAACUGACCAAACUUUCGGAAAUGCCGCAACAAACUAUGAAAAUUAAAAGAAAUUUGCAAUUAUCAUAAAACGCCUCGAAUAAUUUUCACGAACCCCAAAUUCUUACUAUUUUUAAGGUUAGGUUAAUCUUUCUUAGUUGGCACCACUGGUACUUUCGCUCCAGUUGUUUUGAUUUUUGAUUAGCGCCUUCUCCUUCUCUACUGUUUCCAUGGCGCUUGAAAUACAAAUUUCAGCCGGUAUCUUCUAGCUUGUAAUGUCUUUUAGGAAGAUGUCAUUUAAGCAGAAAAAAUUGGCAGAGAUCAGAUGUUUGCGUUUCUAAUCGUUGGUUGUAUGGUUGCUCACCAACAUGUCAUUGCAGGAGCUCUCUGGCAGUACUAUACAUCUGAAGUUGAGCAUCAGAGAAGGUCAUGGCUUUGGUUUCCUUAAAAGCCCAAUAGUAAUAGUCGCUGGAACAAAUGGUAUCUUUCUAGAAACAGAGGUGGUCCCGCCUAGUCCAGAUCCUCUUUUUCACAUUGAUCUGGUAUGGGAGACGGAUAAGAGAAACUUGAGACGGUUUAGAGCAAGUAACACUCCUAUUAAGUUGGAAUGUUUUACAAUUGAUGUUGGUAAUCAACGGGAGUGCAUCGGCUCUAUCCUCUUAAAUAUUAAGUCAGCUCAAGUUAUUGUUGGGAACUCUCAGAAGGAUGUGAAUGAAAAAUGGCAUAGACUUAUUGGAGUACCUCAAGAAGCUAAAGCCCUUCAACCAGAGCUAUUAUUAAGUCUUACAAUUCAGUCUCCAAACUCCUUAAGCAAGCCUCUGUCAGGAGAAGAUUGGAAUGGAAAAGCCCUCCCAGAAACUGCUCCAAUAGCUAGAAAGCCAGAAACACCUAACUUUAACAAUGCACCAAAAAUUCGGCGGCCACAGUUCACUACUUCUGUUUUGGUACCUGACUCCAAGCAAGGCUACAUCCAACUUGGUGCAGAAAAUGCAUGCAUCGACACAUUUCUUAUACACCUUUGUGCUAAACGAUUACAGGAAAUGGAUUUGCUUCUUCACAACAAUCAAGAGCUUGUUCGGCCAAAUGAUAACACAAAACCUUUCCAAAUAUCUUUCACAUUCCUUGGCCAGAACAUAAAAACUAAAUCUUUUGGAUGCUCAAGUGGCAAAAACAUUUGUGUUAUAGAUGAGGAAGUCGUUCUCCCCAUUCGUACUUCUCUCGCAGUCUUACACCACUAUCUUCAAGAAAAUCCUUGUGCAGCUAUAUGCCUCAUUUGUUGUGGUCAAGAAAUAGCUGCCAGUGAACUUCAUAUCAGGUCAUUGGUGCCUACCAAUGAUGUUCAGUCCUUCUCAAGACAAUUUAAUGGGGAAGCUCUAUUGAGUCAAAAAUGCAUAUUUGUAAGCUCCAGUUCUGGAGCUGUACCUUUACAAGACAAUCUUCAGCCAUACAUUGAAGUUAUGACAAGACUUCAAUUAAUAUCUGACCUCACUGGCUUUCAAAAAAGUUCUGCCUUGGACAAUUUAAAAGGAAUUGCUUCUUGCGAUUCUUAUAAUCCAGUUCCAACUGGACACUUAAUAGAGGAUGUACCAUCAAGGUCUGAAAGCCGCCAUUCACAGGACACUUUUAUUGUUACGACACAGAGUGGCCCUGUUUGGGUACCAGUUGCACCAGGCACAGCACAAUCUUAUUUAACCACCAAAACUAAAUAUGUGGGUGAAGAUAGUGCUUUGAGAGCUUGCAUAAAAAUUGUAAUCAAUCGACUAGAGUUUUUUCAGCUCUCAAAAUCAUGUUGUGUUCGAUUUCUGUUUGAAUGCCCAAGUUCGUCUGCAGUUACAUCUCAAGAAUUUAUAAUUCAAGAUGGAAAAGAAUCAGUGCAGGUUGAAGGAGUAUCUGCUCAAAUUUUAGUUCAGCCAAGUGACAGCAUUCAAAUCCAUAUUUUGGGAGUUGGGCCGGAGUCUACUAGUUCAUCACAUAUUGCAUCUACUAACAUUCAUGUGAAAACCCAUAUUCUUGCAGAAAAGGGAGAAACUAGAGUAUCUUGCGAUUUAAGAGGACCACUAAGUGAACAAAAAAUGGGUCUUUUACAUGUUACUAUGUCACUUGAACAGCUCCAUGAAGGAACCAGGAAAGGGACUGAAGUGAACUUAAUUCAACAUGACUCUUUUUUGCCACUCUCAAAACCUGUACCCAACUUGACUGAUUUUCAUGAAGCAGAAGAAGCUCUUAAAAGAUCUACUGGCACAAAUAAAAUUAAACAAUUACCACUGACCAUGAAUUCUAGUAAAAGUAACAUUAUGCAAAGUGCCUCAGAUAACAGAUCUCAGACUAGUCUCAACUUAAAACAAGCACCCCAUGAGAAUGAUAAUCAGAAUGUCACUGAAACUUUAAUACUACCAGCUAAAGGUCCUUGUGUGCCUCUUGAUAAUGCUGCAGCUUACAGAAUUGUUGAAGAGCUUGAGGAUUGGAAGGAGAAGCAGCAAGAAAUCUUCCAAGCUGAAUUGAAAAGGAAGGAGAUGGAACAUAUUUCCAAGAUAACCGAUGAGUGGACAGUACAAACGAAAGCACAGAACCUUACUAUUGAAAACAAAAUGGCAGAAUGCAAAGUAAUGAUUGAAUCCCUAGGGAAGGCUAAACAAGAUCUUAGAGAUCGCCUAAAGACAUGUGCGACCAGAGAGCAAGCGUUAACCAAAGCCAGAGAAGAUCUUGAACUGCAGUACAAUCUGAAAUUUCAAGAAUUUACUCUUGCAGCAAAAAGAUUAGAUGAAGGCUUCAAGCUAAAGGUAUCUUUGGCUGAAUCUAAGUGUUCCAAAUUGGAAGAAAGAAUUAAAGAGCUAGAGUCUGAAAAUGAAAAUUUACACCAACAACUCAAACAAAAAAUUAUUACCCAUCAUAGUGAUCGACAAAUGUGUGGAAUGAGCCAUAAUCAAGUAUCGCAGUUAUUGUCUCAAGUAGAUCAAUUAGAAGGAAAAUUACAUGCCUCACUUCAGUCAAAAGCCUAUUUUAAAGAACAGUGGGGCCGAGCAGUUCGUGAAAUGAACCAAGCAAAACUUCAGUUUGCUCAGACAUCAGAAAACAAGUGCUUUGAGAAAAUUUUGGGAAAAGAAGAGAGAGGAUUGCAAAAUGAUCAAAGAACAUUAGAAAUUUUGCGUAAAGAAAUAUCGCAGCUAAAUUUAUGACACAAUCCUAGCUCCAGUUUGACGAAAAUUUUAAUGACUUUUUUUUUUGAAAACAUGAAGAACCUUAGUAGAUAUCUCGGUUACACAACUUUUACUAAUCUGGUAUACUUUUCAUUUAACUGGCCUUCAGUUAAGUACAAAAGAAAUUUGACUGCUUUGUUCCAAAGACUCUAUUAUUAAGUUUUAAUUUAUAUGACAAUAUCUUGUGAUAGUUUAUAUUAGCAAAUAAAUACAUAGCAAAGAAUUUUAAUUGAAAGAAAUUGA